AUGCCCGCAGAUCAAAACAAUCAGUCGCCCCCGCCUGAUGGAAUGGAAUGGGAAAGGACUACCCCACCCGAGUCCCAGCUUUCGCACCUUCCACGGGAACUAAUCCAUCUCAUUGCCAGCAAUCUUGACGUCGCGGACCUGAACUGUUUCGCCCGUUCAUCAACCUAUCUUAAUGACCUCUUGUCGCCUUCUCUCUACCGGAUUGGCGCAACAUACAUACGAAAUGACACGGACGCAACAGCGCUGAUAUGGGCCGUCAGGAAUGGUCUCAAUGUAGCCGUGGAGCGCCUGUUGCUGAAUGGUGCUGAUCCCUACAUUUUGACUCCUCGGCGAUCGAACAACGGUUCGUCGACUGCCUUCCACGCAGCUGUCCGCCGCCGCAAUACCGAAGCGCUCUCACUUCUACUCCAAGUCGGUCCCUGUCCCUCGACCAUUGAUACGUCCGGAAAAACGCCGCUUCAAAUCGCUUGUUUCCCCGGCGGUCUCGGCAUGGUCCGUAUGAUCCUAGCUGCUGCACCGGAAAACUGGGUGGAUUACAACCGCGACUGGUAUUACAGUAUGUCGAUCGCCGUUACCAAGAACUGUGAAGAUAUUGCCCGGUGUCUUUUGGAAGCUGGACGCCGGACAAACCCGACCCCUGCCCGGGCGCUGAAGCCUGAGCUUAUUAUCCAUGCCACAAGAAAGGGUCACUUGGGCAUGGUGCAGUUACUUGCUGAGUUUGGAUGGAAUGACUGGGGACUUGUGAGCCAUGAGACAAAAUUUAUCACGCCUCUACAUCUUGCCGCAAAAAAGGGACAUGCGGAUCUCGCCGAGCUGCUGAUUUCCUACGGAGCCGACGUCAAUGCUGGGGAUAGUGAGGGUUUGACCCCUUUAUGGGAGGCCGUGGUGCGCGCGAGGUCCGCAACUGUUGACGUGCUCCUUAAAGCUGGGGCUGAUGCCAAUGCCAUCUUCCCGGAUGGCAACAAGGGGUCGCGAACUCUGCUACACAUAUCCGCCAUCAAUGGAGUUGUAGCCAUUGCACAUUUACUACUCAGUGCUGGAGCUCGGGUAAAUGAUGUUACCAGAUACAAAUGUAGUGCUCUGAAUUAUGCGGCUGUCAGAGGCCACCUUUCUGUUGUUGAGCUUCUGCUUGAUUGGGGCUGCGAUAUGAAUGCUAUUAAAGACUACGGAUACACCCCUUUGGCUCAAGCCGUCGCCGGAGGACACGACAGAAUAGUCGCCCUCUUACUCUCCCGCGGCGCUCAUGUCGACGCCAAAGAAGACGCGCUCAACCCCCUGACCGCCGCAGCCAUACACAAGCGUGUCAGUCUAAUUCAACCUCUUGUCAACGCAGGAUUCAUGGUCAACCCUGGCCCCUCAUUCAAGCAAGAGAAACCUCCGGUUUUCCACACGACUGACCUAGCGGUAAUCAAAGAAUUUAUCCGCUGUGGCGCAAACGUCCGCAUCUUGAUGGAAGAUGGUUCAUCCAUACUACACCAUGUCGCGAAGAAAGCGGACCCUGAAACUAUUCAGUUUCUGAUUGACCAAGGAGCGGACAUUAAUGCUUUCGGACCCAACAAAGAGACCGCCCUGCAUGUAGCAGUGGCAAACGAAGACCGGAUGUUAUUCAAAAGGUGCAAAGUCCUCGUGUUGGCAGGGAUCGACCUAGACGCCCGCAACGCAGACGGGGAGACUGCCAUCCACUAUGCCAUCCGCCAUGAUCGAUGGGCAUUGGAAGACCUCCUGGAUGCGGGUGCAGAUGCUAAUGUACCGGAUCUGAACGGCACAACACCAUUGCUCUUCGCGGCUUCGAUCGAGGAAAGAUGCUACAUGAUUGAGUGGCUGGUCAAGGCCGGCGCCGAUGUGACAGCCGAAGAUAAGUCUGGUCAGACAGCCCUGCAUUAUUUCGCAGUCUAUCGCAUCGAAGAGGCUUUCGAGAUGCUUCUGCUUAGACAUGAGGCCGUGGGACACAAUUACAUGAAGCCAGAUGCUGAAGGCUUGACGGUCGCGGAUAAAGCUGUUAAAUCCCUAUACCUCCCUAUUUUGACCUUGCUCUAUAAUAGGAAGAUUAACGGGAUGGACGUUUUGGACGCCGAGCAGCGCGUGUUGGUCGAGGACUUGCUGCAAAAGCAAACGGACAAAUGA